UUUAUAAUUUUGAACAAUUGUUUCCAUGGAUUAAUGUUAUCUUGUAGAAUAUGCUUCCCACGUGAGAUAUUGACUUGGUGAUGGGGUGGAUGACAUGAUAUUUUACCAAGUCUUUUUAGAUGACUUUCCCAUUUCCAUGCCUUAAUUUUGUUGGAGUGGAAGGCAAGCUCUAGAAAUGAAACGUGGAAUAUCUUUUUGGAAAACUUAAAUUAAAAUUUAUUUAAUGCUUCUAUAAAAGAACUCAACCCUUAGCAGUUUGGGCAAACUUGAAUAACCUUUUAAGCCUUUUUUUUUCCUCUGCUUUUGCAUUAGUCUUCAAAACCUUCUAACUGCUUUAUUGGAACUUGGUGAUUUAAUGGAGGAUUCUAUGAGCUCCACAAACCACAAGAACAAAUCUAAUUUUUCUGGUGAUGGACAUGAGGUUUCUUCUGAAGAUAGUGGUUGGUCUUCAUACUUCGACAACUCCAUAGCUAUCAGUAAUGUGGAGGAUACUGUUACCUGUUCUGGUUCUGAAAACUCUUCCAUAUUUUCUGGUGCUGCUGUUUUGGUAAAAAAGAUGAACAUGAAUAAUGAUGAUCGUGUUGCGUCAGCUAGGUCUGUUGCUAAAAGGAGAAAGAUUCUGGCAACUUAUAUUGAUCCUGAACUGGAGGACACUGCAAUUUCUCCUGUUUGUAAUUCUGAGGCUGAAGACUUGGAAAAAUUGCAAAUAAAAUUACAAGAGACAGGUGUUUUGAACAUUUUACCACCAGUGCAACAAGGGAAGCAUGACUUUUUUAGCCUUUUUCAGGAAAAACAAAAUACCUCUAACCAGACUGGAGAAGUACCACAUUCAGGUUAUAUUGGGACAGAUAUCAGCUAUGCAGGUUUAAAGGAAAAGGGACUCUGUUUGGUUCCAGUAUCUUUGUUAUUCCGAGUUAGGUAAACAAAGACCUGGAAGAUAGGAUAAUUUACUUCUGAUAAUUCAGCAGGAUAUGGAAAAGGAUGAUGAUCUUAUAUAAUAUUGCUAUCAGGUCACACUAUAUUGAGAAGGAAUGGUCUUUUCUAUAUUUCCUUCAUGGAUCUCAAGGAUGCAUAUCAGCUUCCCUACAAAAAGUCUAUCUCAUACAGCUUCUCAAAUAGUCUUUGGCUAGAAGCAGGAGGCUGCGUACAUCUUGGCCUCUCCUGACCCUGCCUCACUGGCAUAUAUAUGAGUUAUUGAUCUUGUUGGUCUUGUACUUAAGCAUAAUUACCUGAACUGAAAAUUACUGGAGUAUCAGCUCUUGAUAGAGUAGUGGUUCAAUUUGGUCAGCCGGCAUGGAUGAAUGAAUAGCUGUGUCUUAUACCCUUCUUUUGAGAUUGAAGGAGCUUGGAGGCCAAAUUCACUGGAGUAUCAGCUUAUGUAGCAUAUGUUCAGAUUCUGGGUUUAUGCCUUGAUGCUAUAAAAGAUCACUUAUGCUUUGUAGACCUGUGGUCAUAAGCUGAUAGGAACUGUGCUUAGUAUAAUAACAUCAGUGCCAAUCCUGUUGCUGCCAACGCCAAGGAGCAAGGGCAUAUGCUUUGGCAGAUUCUGUAUCAAUGGAGAAGAAUUGCUGCUUCUGUUAUCAUCCUCAAAAGGGUUUAACAAACACCUUUUGUAACCCCUCAUUUAUAGUAGUCGUGUUCACAGUUGCCUCCUCUUGCUAAGUUUGUGGCAAACAACCUUCCUCUUUCAUGUGAUCAGUAACCCUAUGAAGGUUUGCAUGUAUUAAUGAAUACCUAUUACCUGUUGAA